AUGUUGCUCCUGCGUGAAACAUUUGUGCUGUUCUGGAUCAUAACUCCUGCCUUCAUGGAUACUAUCUGGUGUGAUCAGGAGAAUCAAGUGCCGGGGAAAUGGAUAAAUCCCCUAAUCGCAAAGCUCGAAAGCUAUAUUGCAUGCGUGACUAAUGAUAUCGUCCUCCCUUUGUAUGAAGAUCCUGCAUUGGCAAUCCGUGCCAUGGAAUGCGUUAAAGAGGGUGGUUUCACCUUAGAGAACCUCGAUCCUGAAGAGGAUGAUGAGUUUUUUGAUCCGCGUUGGGACUGUAAAACGGUUCUGUACCGGAGUUCGGAUAGGCCGGAAACAGUUGCUGACAAUUCCCUUAAAGAAUUUUAUCCAAGCUUAUACAAGGUAUUACAUUUUAAUUAUUCCAUCAUUAGUAUUCCAUUGACUUCAUCAUGA